AUGCCCGGUCACAUUUUUCGAGGAAUUUAUGCUAUUUUACUGGUAUGUUUCUGUUUAAGUCAAGUAAAUCAAGCACUUCGUUGUUAUGAAUGUUUGGAUUGUGUGGACGAGACGUGCACUUGUGAGAAGAUGAUUGAAGUCGAUGCCAAAACUUCCUUUUGUGUUCUCGUUCGAGAAAAUCUUGUCAAUUCAGUUCAAUUCGAAAUACGACAUAUGCCACGCAAUGAAACAAACUAUUACCAAUCCGAUCCAUAUUUUAUAUCCGUGAAAGAAAUUAUUAGUUACAAUGCAUCGAUUGAUCAAUGGUUGUCACAAGCUAAUGUGAUAGAAUAUGCAUGUCAAACUGAUGGAUGCAAUCGACCUGAUCUGUUAAAAGAACUACCAAGCAAUGGUUUAUCUUUAAAUUUACCGUUGAGUUGGUUGAACGAAAAUCUUCGACGAAAAUCAGGUCAACAGACAAGUUCAUGUCAACAUUGUCCGCCGGAACCAAUAUGUAGUCGAACGCAGUAUCAAGUUGAUCCAAAAGUGUGUGAAGUGAAACAAUGUGAAGAUGUUUGCAUUGUCGAUCAACUCAUCGAAAAUAUCUCCGGAACGCAGUACUGUUAUGAAUUAUACUGUUUAGCAACGCCUAUACGUACACCUCAAAUAUAUCUUCGUGGAAAUUAUUAUAUCAAUAAGCGAACAUUCGAAAUAAUUGAAACUGACAUCAUAUGUCGAGGAUCGAAUUGCAGUCGAUUAGAAAUCUUCAAAGAAAUAGAAGAAAAAUUAGAAAAAAACUACGAUAAUAUCAAAGCUUUCCUGCCGUCGAACCGUGCGACUUGCUUAUCUACUUCACUGAUUGUUAUACUUUUGUUAAUUAUUAGCGAACACUUCAUUAUUUUAUGA